CUUGCUGCUUUGUUAGAUGCUCAUCCACAUGUCGUUGUUGCCAAUGACUUUAACAUCUUAAAGCAGUGGAUUACCAUGCCUGAAAUAUUUGACAGGAAAAAGUAUUUUAUCUAUGAGCUCAUUUACGCCAAAUCACGCUAUGAUGUGAUGUAUGGUGUUCGCUCUCGGUUGGUAAACGGGGUCCCAGUACAGUAUCAUUACAACGUGGAGGGUCAGUGGCAAGGACAGAUCAAUGAGGGUGUACAGGUACAGUUUUCAUUUACAUUUAAGACAUAACUUGGACGCAACGUGCGCUCUAAUUGGUCAAAAAUCGCUGGAUAUUUACCUGUAUAUCCAUAGAAAACUGUAACAUCUUCCCGUCUGGUAAAACAAGGGGAAAAUUUCCAGAUUUUAAUUUGGUGAAGGCCUUUGAUUUGGAGGAAACGAGGAGGACGCUUUGAACGUCGACUAAAACUAUAUAUAUUUUUUAUCAUUAUCAAAUCUCUUAUUCAAUAUUCGGUUCCACUAACUGAUUGUUCUCCUGCGUAAAAAAAGAGACAGAUUGUCAGAAAUUCUCGAUUAGAAUUAUCCAAACUAUUAAAUGUAGGCAAUUUUUUGCUUCCAGAAAAUUUUCAUUGGUCUACAGCUCACUGGGUGACCUGCAAAUUGCUGUUUGUAUGUUAUGAUCUGUUCAUGCGCGAUCCGGUUUACCCGAGUUUGGCUCCCAACGAUGUUCUGCAUAUGUAAAUUGUGAAAACUUCGAUUAUAAAUAUAAAGCCAUUACCAGAAUUCCCAUCAAUGAAAGACAAGAUAGAUGAAGAGUGUCUCUUCUGACGACAUCCGAAUUGUAGUCACUGUCUUGCAAAUCAUUUAUUUGCGGUUUUGGAAAAAUUGUUCGGUCACUAACUCAUAACAAACUUUUGCUUUAACUCGUAUAUAACUGUUCAUCUCUCUUGAACUGGAGAUUUUGAAGUUCAAUCAGUUUUUUGCAGUUCAUUACAAGGGCUAAUCAUCUUGCCUUGAUAAAUGUAUGUUAUUUUCGGACAAGACUCUAGGAUCCCUGGUCUACUCCAAUGAUAUUUGUUUCAAUUUACAUUGGUUAGGUCUUUUCACGCCUUUCUGGUACUAGGCCGGUAUUUUUUUUUCAUUUUUAUUUAGUUUAUUUAGGUUUUAAGAGCAACAAGCAGCUUAUUCACGACCUAACAUAUCUAUAAACUAAAUCCCCAUGGUACUAUCCAUCCUCUUUUCUGCAUUUACGCAUCUUUACGGAACGUGGAACUUGUCCGUAAAGAAGAGGCUUUAAAUUAACUUUUUUUUACGCAAGAGUCAAAGAUGCAUUGAGUGCUUUGUUGUUAGACUUAUCCUUUAACAGACACAGGGCCGUAGCCAAACUUCAGAACAAGACGAGGCAAGUUUCAAGCGCAGAUAGGAGGGUAUGAGGGCAUGCCCCCCCAGAUAUUUUGAAAUCUAGAGGCUCUGAAAUGCUCUUUUAAGCACUUUCCGUGGCAUUUUUCUUCAGGAAGUCAAUCUUGGGCCAAAAUGGUCUUGCCUCAUGCUAGCUACGGCCCUGAGUCAUAUGGCAAAAACAUGCUGUUGCAUUCGGCGCGCGGGCAACAACUGCGCACUUGUAUUCGGUCGGGAUACAUUUGAAUUUCAUCAGAGGCACGUGACCAAAAAUCAACAAAUUACAGUGCUCGUUUUGUUGAGUGAUAGUCUAGGUAUAUAACAAAAUAUUUUGUAUCAAGCUGUAUACACAUACUCGUAAGUUCUUAGAGAUUGGUGCUCAAAUCGGGAAAAAUCGUUUAAAAUAUAAAGGCCCAGUCAGUCUGUGAUUCAGUCUGUUGUGUUCCGAUCAUCCAUUGCUUAGCAGUUUCUCCUCUUAAAAAACUUUUUACUGGACAAACAUUCAAUGUGUAUAAUCUAAUACUUGAUAAAUGAAGUGUAAUAACUCGGUUGAAACUUAAGUUAACAAAAAUUUGCUUCUAAACUGACAAAGGUUUAUUUCUUUUAAACUGAAUCAUCAAAGUGUUCUCCAGCCUGGAAAAAAAAUGACAGUGAAGGUUAAGUAUUUGCAUCUAAACUAACGAAGAUGUGUUUUUCUUUUAAACUGAGACAUAAAAGUAUUCUCCAGCCUUGAAAAAAAAAUGACAAUCAAAGUUAAGUAUUUCUAUGAAAAUAACUUUUUGUCGUUACAGUUGGAAAAAGGUGUCUAUAUCAAGCCGUCUGAGUGUACUCGUAAGUUCUUUGUUCUUACUAUGGGCGCCGAUCAUUGAUUGCUUAACAGCUUCUCCACUUAAGCAAACAUUUCACACUUCAAACGUUUCAAAUCUAUUUUUAAAAUUCAGUCCAACUAACUGAUUGCUUCCUUUUAAGCCUUAAUUUUUCGCUGCGCGAAAAAAGAGACACCUUCAGAAAUUACCAAACUACUCGCCGAGAAGGAAAAGUUAGCAUUUCUUUCUACUUCAAGAAAAUUGUAGAGACAAACCAACUGGUGGUUUAUUACUCAACUAAUCACCAUAAUACGACAUUAUUAUUCAAGUUGCAAGCACUCCAUCUCUCGAAACUAUUUAACAAGAGGCAAAGAUCACUGGACUUACGCUUCUUACUGAGCCGGUAAAACUCGUCAUGUGAUCAAUAGUCAGCAUGAUGGUCAAGUCAUAUAAGUCAUAGAAAGCAGUUAUAGUUUGUGUUUUGCGCACAGAGACAGAUAGAUUUGAUAAGCAGGAGGUUAAAUUUGUCUUUUCAAACUGCAGGAAAGCGCAGAACUUUUUUUUUUUUACCGAAGACAUGACGUUGGUCUACCGGCCAAACGAAACACGGAAAAUUAUGACCAGCUGGUUAUAAUAACGGCGUCAAUUUGUAUUAAUACAAAUUAGACUAAUUAGGAAAAAUCUGAAUGGCUUUCAAUCAAUGUACGUGUAAAGUUGACAUGAUGACCCAACACCUGCAGCAGAUAUUGCAUGUAUCAUUUCUAAGUCUACUUGGUUUACGAGCCGCUCGUAAGCCAAACUUUUCCAAAGUCAGAGAGAAAUGGCUCCCUAUUAAAAAAAUUAUGAAUGAUAAAGCAAUUCGCUAAUUUGGAUUUUGCAUGGUACCAUGAAUUAUCAUACCUUGUGCCUGUUUUAUCUCAGACUUCGGUUUGAUAACUCAACCUUACCUGAUAAUUGUUUAAUAUCUAGUUCUUUUCUUGCAGGUGAUAGGAGAUAAGAAAGCAGCUCAGGCUUCAAAAAUUUUGCUCCAAAGCGAAGGAAGAGAGCAUCUUCGAAAUUUAGAGCGCAAACUUGGCACAAAGCUUAAAUUCAUUCACGUUGUGCGUAAUCCUUUCGAUAACAUUGCAACUUUAGCGCUUCGCAAGGCGAAAGUCAAGAAAAACGAAGUCCAAGACAACCUUGAGGUUAGUGGGUGGUUGGAUACAUAUAUAUCUACCUCACAAUAUGCCAUGGUGUUACAGUCAUUUUGAGAGGGGGGAGGGGACUAAAUCUUGGUGGAUGGGGCGGUGACGUCGACCUGAUGAAGGCGAAAAGUCUUACCCUAGGUUUUGAGCGUCUUUAUUUGCCAUCGAGGUUAAGAAAUUCCUUGACUUACCUGUCGUUUACCAAGGAGAUAGAGAUUCACCCACAUAAAAGAGUAAUAAUGAUGCUUUUUGUUUGUCUGUUUUAUUUAGCUUUUUUUCUUUUUUUUUUUCCUUUGUUUGUUAGUUUGUAUAUGCUAAUACAUUUUUUUUUGUCAUGGUUUUCUUGAUAACGUGCUCCCAUGUCUAUGUUUAUUGUCUAAUUGCAGUGUGAUUGUCACGAGGAGCUUGAUGAUGCCAUAGCGGAAUACAGUACCCAGGUGGAGGGAACUUCGCAAGUCAAGAAGAACUUUCCAGGUCGUGUACUCGACGUGCACGGUAUGGAUUUGAUGAAAAACCCGCGUGAAACCCUCAUGAAAAUUUGUGGCUUCUUGGAAAUCACGUGCACCAAGAAAUACUUAGAGGACUGUGUUUCAAUUGUGAGCCCCGUCCCCUCUAAAACUCGCCAGUUCGUUAAGUGGACUGAAAAACAACUAAAAAGAGUUCAGAUGUUGAUUAAAAAUCAUUCAUUUCUUCAAUCAUAUUCAUUUGAAAAUUAA